AUGCUCAGCCCUGGCCGUCGCCGACGAGCCCCGCCCGGCCUCCCGCAGGGGAUUCUGGGAGGGGGCCCCGAUCGUCCUAUAGGGGCAGGCGGCCCGGCCCCGCCCCCUGCCGCGCCGGGGCUCGCGCCAAGGAGAGGCGGCCGUUGGAGGCGCGUGCGCCGCUUGCCAGAGAAACCCGCCCCUCCCCCCUCACCUCAGUCACGCCACUUCCUGUCACGGAGCUUCUGCUCCCUCAGCCGCCAUCUUUUUGACAGUUGCUCCCGCCCCGCCGCCUCGAUCCGGCUCUUCCCAGUCUUUUUCAAGACUUUUGAAAACCCUCCACCGCCGCCACUUCGCCCCGCCGAAGCCGCCAUGGCCUCCUUUGCCAAAACGGUUCUAGUCGAGAAACUGGCGAAACUCCAAAUCUCUCAGCAAAGCAUCGUGACCCUAUCCCAGUGGGUCCUCCAGUUCCGCCAGAACGCGUGCACCAUCGUCUCCGUGUGGCUUCAGCAGUUCCGCCUGGUCAACCCGGGACGGAAGAUUAUCCUCCUGUACCUGGCGAACGAUGUUCUCCAGAACGGCCGGAAAGGGGGCCCCGAAUUUCUCAUCUUGUUCGCGACCGUCCUUCAGGAGGCCGCCCGUCUUGUUGCCGGCAGCCAUGAUGAGGAGUGCAGGGCGUGUUUUAACACGCUGCUGGACAUCUGGCAAGACAGGAAGGUUUAUAUUAGGGAGUUCAUUCAAAACCUGAGGUUGCUGUUGGAAGACUACCAGGCAUUUCCACCCAGAAUUCCCGAAGGAGAGCAGCCGCCUGAGAGGCGGACCUUUCGGAUGAUCCAAGAGUCAGAACCGAGAAGAGUUCCCGAGGGUCCCUCUCAGCCUUGCGUCCUAAAUCUGCCUUUAAUUGAGGAGACGAUAAAAGGUCUGCAGAACCUCCGUCAAUCUGCCUCAGUCAACGAUACGGAAAUGCCCGAGUUGCCUCCCGAAGACGAAGAUAUUUCCUUAGCGGAGCAAGUUAAUAGCAGAAGUGAAGCCGAGAAUCUUGCAGAAAUGAUGGAAAAAAAAUGUGUGGCCCUACUAGACUAUAACAACGUUCUUGGGCGAAACAUUGAUGAGCAGCACAACCUGGUAGAAAUGAUGUUGGUGUGCACCCAGAAUCAGUACGAGGUCUUGAUCGGGAAGGAGAAAAAAUAUGAAGAUAUUAAGAAAAAGUAUCUGCAAGCUGCCCAACUCUGCAACCAGCUGAGGAAACAUGUCACAUACUGA